GUCAUGCGUUGUAGAGAUUCCAUCAGCAAAUUGCCAGAUGAGAUUCUUGGCAAAAUCCUUUCUUUAGUUCCGACAAAAGUGGCUGCUUCAACAUCAGUUCUGUCCAAGAGGUGGCGUAAUCUGAUGGUUCUUGUAGACAACAUUUGCUUUGACGAGUCGAUGGUUGUUUAUCCCGACAAAGAAGAAGAAACAAGAGGUUCACAUCUCUUCUCUGAUUUCGUGGAGAAGCAAUUUUCUCUAUUAAGCGACUCUCACAUCAUCAAGAAACUCUCUCUCAGUCAUACAACUAGAGAUUGCAUUAACUAUGAAUACUACCGUUGGAUUUGGACCUUAAUGGAACGUGGUCUAUUGGAACUACACUUGCAUGCCUCCCGAGGAAAUUCUUACUUUUUUAUAGAGAGAGAGUUGUUAACAAGCAACACAUUGGUUAAGCUCACACUCUCCGGUGCAUACAUUCUUGGCGUCCAGCAUGUGUUUUUCCCAGCGCUCAAAUCACUUUCUAUCUUAUCAGUUACAGGGCUUGAUGGUCCCAACUUUAGUGGGCUCAUCCGUGGCAGCCCUGUUCUGGAGGAGUUAUACAUACUCAAUGAUCAGUUGCUUCUGCCAUGUUACGGUACGAUCGUGCAGAGUGCAUCCAUCAAGCGACUUGUGGUAUUUCUCGAUUUUCCGGAUGCUAAAGAUGAUCACCGUGUGACUUAUUGUGGAGCACCAAAUCUUGUCUACCUUGACUAUUCUAGUUAUGUCUUCGAAUACUAUCAGUUUGUUGAUUUAGAUACUCUUGUCGAAGCCAGGCUUAGUAUUAAGUUAGGUGAGUCAACUAACCGCUAUGAUUAUUCCGAUGAUUAUGAUAAUGAUUAUGGUGAUGGGGAGCCUAUAUUUGGUGAUGUUACAAAUCUAGUUGCGGGUAUAACCAGCAUUACCACCCUUCACUUGUCUCCUGAUUCCCUUGAGGCAUUUCAUUUCUGUUGUGAGUCCAUGCCCGUGUUCAAGAACCUCCUUAAUUUAUCUAUCGAGAGUCACGAAGAAAAAGGUUGGCAAGUAAUGCCGGUCCUGCUCAAGAGUUGUCCAAAUCUACACACUUUAGCUAUCAAGGGUCUCGUGCAUAGAGUAACAAAUAAAUGCGGAGAUGCAUGCGCUUGCAGUCCUAAGAAGAAUCAUAAGCAUAAGAAAAUGAAGAUUGUGAACGAGGAGAAAUUAUGUUGUUUAGAGACAUGUCAAGUGAAGGUUCUAAAAAUUUCAGAGUAUGGAGGUUCUUUUCAAGAGCUGAAACAGAUGAAGCACUUUUUGGACAAGUUGCAAUGUCUUGAAACCGUGAAAGUUGGUUUCAACACAAACGACAACAUUGAUUUCCUGCAAGCUAAUCUCCUGGCUUUACCACGGUUAUCAAAAAAAAAAAAUAUUUUCUCUCUUUCUCACAUAAAAACGUUAUACAACCAAGUGGUCUUGGCCUAG